GAGUUUUGACACUUGACACUUUCAAUUGUAAACAAAAAGUGGAUAUAUUAAAAAAUUGGAUUCAAAUUAAAUUAAUACAUACUUGAGGCAGUAAAAUGUCCCACAUGGACAGUUCUUUGAGUGACGAGGAGUUGGAAGAGGCUCAGACGGAAGUGAAACGAAUAAGAUACGAUUCAAAAAUUUACAAUGUGAGUCGAAGGUUUGAGAAGCAGCAAAGACCUCGUCGAACACGGCUUGCAAGUCGAGACAGUCACUCUUUUCACGCGAAAGAGAGUAAUUUACAAGGGCUCAUUUUUGAUAAUGGGGCUCAUACAAUCAAAAUCAACUAUUCAUUUGAGGAGGAGCCAAAAAUUAUUCCAAACUCUAUCAUGAAAGCGAAAUCAGAGAGAAAACGGCUAUUUAUUGGCAGUCAGAUAGACGAAUGUAGAGAUUGUUCUGGUUUAUUUUAUUUAAUACCAAGUGAACGAGGGUAUAUAACAAAGUGGGAUGUACAAAAACCCAUUUGGGACUUUGUACUUAGUAAAAAUGUUUGUCCUGUAAAUAAUUAUCCUGUAAUAAUGACCCAACCCCUGUUUAAUUUCAAAUCAAUUCAAGAUUGUAUUGAUGAGAUAUUUUUUGAAGAGUAUGAAGUUUCGUCUAUGUUUAGAUUAAAUCCUACUGACCUUGCAGUAUUACAGUAUCAUAAAGAAAUUGGAGCAAAAUCUCCAUGUAUUAUAGUUGAUUCUGGGUACAGUUUUACCCAUGUAAUUCCGUAUUUAGAAGGUAAAAAAUUUCUCAAAGGUGUGAGACGAAUUAACGUUGGCGGAAAACUGUUAACUAAUCAUUUGAAGGAUAUUAUAUCAUACCGUCAGUAUCACGUAAUGGAAGAAACUUUUGUAAUCAAUCAAGUAAAAGAAGACACUUGCUAUGUAUCUCAAGACUUCAAAAGUGAUUUAAAAGCUGCUGAACUUCCUCCAAGCAAAAAUCAUAUAAUACGCAAUUAUGUGCUGCCUGACUUUAAUAAUAUUAGAAGGGGUUAUAUUCAAGAACCAGACAAGAAAGACGAAAUUGCAGAGAAUUGCCAAAUUCUUCGUCUAAAUAAUGAACGAUUUACUGUUCCUGAAAUUUUAUUUCAUCCUUCCGAUAUUGGUAUCAAAAGUAUAGGAAUUGCAGAAGCAGUUUGUAAAUCGAUUUUUUCAUGCCCUUUGAAUUAUCAGAAAGAUUUAGCCAAAAAUAUUGUUUGUAUUGGUGGUAGCACAAAAUUUGAGGGGUUCAGAGAUAGGUUAUUUAAUGAAGUCAGGAGUAUGAUCCCUGCGUCGUGGGAAGUUAACGUUUAUCAACCUCCUAAUCCUAUUACUUACAAUUGGAUGGGCGGUAAAGUUCUUUUAAAGGAUCCUGAAUUUAAAUCUAAGUUAGUGACGAAACAGCAAUACGAGGAAUUCGGGAUGAGCGCCAUCCAAGAAAAAUUUAAUCAGUGGUCCACUAUUGAUAUUGAAGAGACCGUCCAAUCAAAGCCAAAAAUAGAACCUGUUAGUUACAUUGAUCACAUAAAAAAAUACGAUGUGUUUGGUAAAGGCAUUGUGUCCGAAGAGUCAAACGAAAAUAACGAGAAUAAAAACGAGAAUCCUGAUGAAUCCCGAAAAUGUGAAGAAGAAAUUGAUGUUUCAAGUAGAAAUGAUGGAGAGGAAAAACUAAAUUUGACGGAUGACGAUAAGUGCAAAGUUGUAAAAAUGAUUAAAAAAAGCACUCGAAGUGGCUCUUCACCUAUGAUAUAUUCUCUUAAGAUUGUCUCUUCUGUUUCCAAAGGAAUAAUUCUAAUAAUGGUGGAAGAACUUCAGUUUUUGAUGUAUCUGAUUUUAUUAAAACAUCGUUUUCGUAUGAUAAAUACACUUUUGGCAACCAAAUGCAAGGAAAUCAACUCGCACAAAAUCCAUACCGUGUUGACGAUGAAUUGCGAUAAGGGGAUGAUUGUGAAGCUUAGAUCCUUACAUCUCCAACUCUGUUCCGCCGGAAAAUUAUUAAAUGAAUAUUUUAGCAUACAAAUCCUGUUUUUGGUCGCAUUGUCUUUUGUUGGCUUCACGACAAACGCUUAUUAUUCCCUCGAUGUAAUUGCCGAUAACUUUGCCAAUAACCAGGCCGGUGUUGACGUUAUUCCGGCAACGCUUUUAUGGACUGUUUGCAGAUUCAUCGAAUUAGUUCUGAUAUCAGUAAUUUGCACCAUAACUAAAAAUGAAGUGAGGGCAAGUGGUGAAUUGUUGUACCAAGUCAAAGACAGGUUUCAAAGUGAUAUUGCAGUGCAGUUGUAUCUUUUUGGAAAACAAAUCAUACAUUGUGACUUCAAAUUUACAGCAUUUGAUUUUUUCGACGUCGAUAUGACGAUGUUUUAUGGAGUACGUGUUUUUGCGAUGAGAAAAUUUUAUAUUUUUUGGGUUUGUGUAGAAAAAACUGCUAUUUGUUGCCCGCAACCUGUUCGGAAUAAAAAUGGAGACUUUUUCAUCAUUAGGGAAUUUUCAAGUGGUAAACAUAUAGUUCGCUUGCUUGAAUUCAUCACCGGCUCAAUUUUACAUCAAGUGCCUUUUUCUAUGAACCUGUUUUAUAGAACUGGAAAAUUUGCUGCACAAUUGGACCAAGCACUGAAGAAAUUUCAUCAUCCGGCGUAUGAUUGCAUUAAAUCUGUGUGGCAUUUAGAGUCAGCUCCGCAGUUAUCGCAGUUUCUGUAUGUCAUAACUGAUGAGACUAAGAAAAAAAUUAUUUGUGAAGUUAUCGAAGAAUUUUCGAAAAGGGUUUUAGCGGCUAAUUCCCACAUAGAGAGAGGGAUAAUUCAUGGGGAUUUUAAUGAGCAAAAUAUUUUGGUAGACGAGAAAAACAACGAAUUGUUUGUAAAAGGAGUUUUAGAUUUUGGUGAUAGUCAAUUUGGUUGUUUUAUUUAUGAAUUGGCAAUUGCUAUGGCUUAUAUGAUGAUCCAAGGAAAGAGCAUCGAAGCUGGUGGUUAUGUUUUAGCAGGGUAUAACUCGGUUAGAAAAAUUUCUGAUGAUGAAUACAACUUAUUGAAAACCUGUAUAGCAGCCCGAAUGAGUCAAUCUCUAGUUCUUGGAGCAUAUACAAGCAUUCACAAUCCUGAGAAUGCUUAUAUUUUAACAACUGCAAAAGCAGGCUGGACCUUACUUGUCGAUUUUUGGACUAAACCUGAAAGUGAGUUAUUAGAAAUCUGGAAGAAAAUUGUUGACGAGACUGCUGAUUGGUCUUAGUAAUGAAACAUAUUGUAUGUAGGUGUAAAUAAAUAAAACGAAACAAGAUAAAGAAAAAA